GAGGGCGGCCAGGUUGGUGAGGCAGUGCCCACAGGUGCUCGUCAUUACCAGCCCUUCCCGCCGCCAGCAGCAGACACCUCCGGGCUCCUGCCGCAGUCACACGGUGCAGCUCCGCAUCGUCACACGCCCCCGCAUCGUCUCAGCCAUGGGGAAGAAGAUGAAGAAAGGCUGCGACUGCAAGCGGGUCCUGAAGAACAACUGGCUGCUCAUCACCACCGUGGUGGCUGUGGUGCUAGGUAUUGGACUUGGGCUUUUGGUUCGUGAAUAUGGAAAACUUUCCAACUUGGACAAGUUUUACUUUGCAUUUCCUGGAGAGAUUCUGAUGCGGAUGCUAAAGCUCAUCAUUUUGCCAUUGAUUGUAUCCAGCAUGAUCACAGGUGUUGCUGCUUUGGAUUCCAGCGUAUCUGGGAAAAUCGGUCUGCGAGCUAUUGUGUAUUAUUUCAGCACUACAGUCUUAGCUGUUAUUCUUGGAAUUGUUCUAGUUGUGAGCAUCAAACCUGGAGUGUCUCAAAAUGCAGAUGAAAUUGACAGAACAGGGAGUACACCAGAAGUCACUACUGUUGAUGCACUGCUCGACCUGUUAAGAAAUAUGUUCCCGGAAAAUCUUGUCCAGGCAUGCUUCCAACAGUACAAAACCAAGCGUGAAGAGCUGAAACCAUCAAAGGAACCUGACAAGAACAGCACCAUUCAGAAUAAUAGUACCUUGGAUCUGUUUUCGACAGGAGAUCAGGAGAACAAAACAAAGGAAUACAAAAUUGUUGGCCUCUACAGCGAUGGGGUCAAUGUCCUAGGCCUCAUUGUCUUUUGCCUUGUAUUUGGAGUUGUCAUCGGAAAAAUGGGGGAGAAGGGACAAGUUUUGGUGGAUUUUUUCAAUGCACUAAAUGAUGCAACAAUGCAAAUAGUCCAGAUCAUCAUGUGGUACAUGCCCAUUGGCAUCUUGUUUUUGAUUGCAGGGAAGAUAAUUGAAGUUAAUGACUGGGAGAUCUUUCGUAAGCUUGGUCUUUAUAUGGCAACAGUAUUAAGUGGACUUGCCAUCCAUUCCAUGAUAGUAUUGCCACUUAUUUAUCUAAUAAUAGUACGAAAGAAUCCUUUCCGGUUUGCAAUGGGUAUGGCACAGGCUCUUCUUACAGCUCUAAUGAUAUCAUCAAGCUCAGCCACCUUACCAGUAACUUUCCGAUGUGCUGAGGAAAAGAACAGGGUGGACAAAAGGAUAACAAGAUUUGUUUUACCAGUUGGAGCCACUAUCAAUAUGGAUGGCACAGCUCUCUAUGAAGCAGUGGCAGCAGUAUUUAUUGCACAGCUAAAUGACAUGAACCUGGAUGUUGGUCAGAUUGUCACAAUUAGCGUGACAGCUACAGCAGCCAGCGUGGGAGCUGCCGGGGUACCUCAAGCCGGCCUGGUUACCAUGGUGAUCGUCUUAAGUGCUGUGGGGCUUCCAGCGGAUGAUGUCACUCUUAUCAUCGCUGUGGACUGGCUCCUGGAUCGAUUUAGGACCAUGGUAAAUGUCCUUGGUGAUGCUUAUGGAACCGGGAUAGUAGAGAAGCUCUCCAAGAAAGAAUUGGAGCAAAUGGAUGUCACAUCAGAAGUCAACAUUGCCAACCCUUUUGCUAUUGAACCAAGUGUACUGAAAAAUGAAGACGACGCAGGUUAAAUGAAAAAGAAAGCUGCAAAAUAUUUUACUUUUUUAUAUGGGGACAUGAAGUUGCCAACAUUUUGGAAUGUAUGACCAGUUAGCAUGUUCUUUACCGGGAUCUGGGAUCAUGACAUCUGCGUCAGCAAUUUGACUCUUCUGCAUUAGCUCUUUUGAAGCACAGUCUCUCAUCUUACGUUUGGAGUAGCUCACCACCAAUGUAAAAUGCAGGUUGCCUUAGAUAUAACCUAGUCUAUAAUCCAGAGGCUGUUCAUGUUCAACGCAGAUGUUUGUUUGUAUCUCCCUAUAGUUUUCUCAUGGCAGUUAAUCGUUGACCACAUUGUACAUGGUUACUUAAUUGCAAUAUUCACAAGGUUGAUUUCUGCCAAUCCUCUUUUGAAUAAUAGCUUGUAAACGGACAGUCACAAAAAGCGCCAUCGCAAUAUGCGGACAUUUUUACAUUAUGCCAUUUCAUACCAGACCAGUUAUAUUUUAAACCUUGUGCUCCUUUACACAAAAAUGCCUUGAAAAUUGUCACACACUGCAGCGUUUUCUGUACUUUGCGCCCAUAUUUAAUUUUUUGGUCCAAAGGUAAGAAAGAUUCACUCUUACCGCGUCUUCCAGAUGAUUUUUUUGAACAGAAGGAUGGGAUUUCUGCCUGUCUAUGUGAAGGGAUCAUGCAAUAAGAGGGUAUUUAACACACAUAAUUACUUAGAAAGCAUGUAAGGACUGAGGAAACCCACUGUAGAGCAUGCCAUCUUGGUAGCCAGGGGGAUGGGAGAUGUAUUCUACCAAUACUGUUUGGAGUUCUCAUUACAAUUCAGUGUGCCAUAUAGCUGUAUUACUACACAGAAAGUCACCACCACUGAUAUCUAUUGUACAAGUUAAUAAGACAUCAUGGGAAAUACAUUGAUGGGUAUAAUAAAUGACCCAUCACAAGUUUACUGAUUAUGGUCAGUAGACAUAAUGUCAAACACGCAUGUGAAACCUAUUAAAAAAGAAAUGAUUACUUUAAUACAUAUCUAUUGAAAAACAUAUUAAUCUGUAUGCACUUUAGGGAUCUCAGAUGAUCAAGACCAGCUGUAUUAUAAGCAUUGUUCCUCUGGUCAUGGAUUGAUUUGUAUUGAUGAUUGCGCUAGAAAAUCUGAAAUUAUUGUGAUUACAUAGCUGGUCUAUACUUCUUUCUUUGAGCUUUUUAUUAGUAAGUCGUUUGUCUUUUACACAACAGAGCUGAGAAGUUUUGGACAUUUGUUAGAGGAGAUGGAAUAAUUCAGUAUUAGUGGGUUGUAUACUACUUUGCCUUAGCAUGGUAGACAUGCCAUUGAAUCAUAUUGCCAAAUAAAACUAGAAUCCUUUAUAUUAAAAGAUCUUUGAAAAGAUUUCUUUCUAUGCUAGUCUUAUGUGAAGACCAAUCGGUACAACAGUAGCACACUGUAUAAGAAAUUCCCUUUAUAAACUUACUUUUGUCAUUAUUGAUACUAUGUUUUUAUGGUUCAGACGGGUAACAAAAGAUUUGCUACCUUUAAAAAGUGUUCAUCACAACUCAGUCUUGUUGAGUUGCAGGAAACAUCACUGUGAAGUGUAAUGUGUCAGGAAAGGGGAUUGAAGCCUUGAAUGAAAAUAAAUUCAGCACUUAAACAUCCAACACUGAAAAGAUGAAGCACAGAGGGCAAAUGCACAUUGAUUUACUCAUGUGACUCUUACUGUGAAAAUGUGCUUUUUAUACUGUCAUAAGAGAAUUAGUAACAUAGUUUAUUCUAUGAACAGAAUAUACAUUUCAGUAGAUUUCUAUUAUUUAAUUCAUCAUCAACUUUUUUUUGUUUUGUUUAAAAACUGCCCUUUUGUAUCCCACGUUGCCUCCAAAAAUAUGAGAGUUUUCUCUAUCAAAACCCUUUAGAUUGUGUCUUCUCCCGAUAGUAACUUUUCACCAUGACAUGUUGCAAUUAGAUUAGUACUUACACAAAAAAAAAACUGAAAAGCACUAAGGGUACUGGCACACAGUCAGGUUUCUUGCUGCAGUUUUGAAAGCUAAAAUCAGUAGUGGGUCAUAAGAGAAAGUAUACAGGAUGGAUAUGACUUCUCUAUUUUCUUAAUUCACUUCUGGUUUUGGCUUCAUGCAGAAACCUGAGUGUGUGGCCGUACCCUAAAAGUAUUUAUUAGGGGGUCAGAGAUGCAAGAAACUGUGUGAUUUGACCCCUCUUGGAUCCAUUGAAUAGCUGAGAGGGCUUAUAUAUGAGCUGGGCAAAUCCAACAUGCUAUUUUUCAUGUUAUGGCAUCUGUAUUGUGGGUCCUGAACAAUGAAGCCAUUUAUUAUAUAUUGAAGACCUUUUCUUGAAUUUGGAUAUAAAAUACUGUAUACAUUGUGCCAAUGGAUCUUAGCUAGACUUGAAUACACUCCUCAACAUUGAAAUUGCAACACCAAGAAGGAAAAAGUCAUAGAAAGAUAUAAGUCACAGGAUCAAUAGACAUGUUAAUGACAUGAAAAUGCUAAAAAAAAUGGAACUUAUUUGUUAUCAAGCAUGAGCGCCACGCACAGAAAUACAUGCACUUAUAUGCCUUGGCAUGCUAUCAGUGAGGUUAUUGAUGGUUGUCUGAGGAAUGUGCUGCCAUGCUGA